AUGGAAGCGCGUAGAGCUCCACGCGCCGUCAUUGACCCUAAGGUCCGCAGAGUCGGAUUUUUCGCCCCGCCUGACCGUUCUCGAUCUGGUCCACCCGACCCGAUCUCAUUUGACAUCUCUCCCACCGCCAACUCCCUCUCGCCGGUCAUGAUCCCGCCGCCACGCCAUUCGUCGGAGAGUCUCAGUCUCCAUGCUCGUCCCGCUGCGACUUCUCCUUCUGGCGAGGAAUCCGUCACUGCCGGGAGCUAUUCCAGCUCGUCGGAGUUCUUCCCCGCUCCGAUGUCUCCGGCGCCGUCCUCUUACUCGAGCAGGACCAUCGCCGACGACGGAGACUUCUUCGACAGCGGUAAGGUGGCAUCUUCGUUUCCUCGCGGCGGGUUUGACUUGACGGCGAUGAAGGCCAGUAGCGUUCCGGCGAGCGAAUUAACCACGGGUGCGGUGGUGAAUGCUGAUUCCCUUGCCAUUCGCGAAAGAGAGAAAGCAGACAAAGGAGGAGGAUCAGCAGUGGAAGUGAAAGACCAAGCCUUGAAUGCUAAACAGAAGAAAGAAAAGACCACAAAAGCUGAAAGACGAGCUCUUCAAGAAGCUCAACGAGCUGCUAAAGCUGCUGCAAAAGCUGAAGGAAAUAAGGCAUCUGGAACUCUUGCUUCAGUGAAUGUAAAACCAGCUAGAGCUGCAAAGCUCCCACAAAAAGUGGAUAAUGCUUCAGUUGCAGCCUCUGAGAAGAAAGGGGGUGAUCGUCCACAAGAAAAAGAUAGAAAGAAAGAUGUUCCUCAACCACGUAUGCAAUAUGAUGAUAAAAGCAGAGUGGAUAAAGCCAAACGGCGCGCUGUCGUAAAACAAACUGAGGCUAAGAACAGGGUUGAACUAUUCAGGCAUCUGCCGCAGUAUGAACAUGGGAGUCAGCUCCCUGAUCUCGAGGCAAAGUUUUUCCAGCUUGGCCCUGUGCAUCCUGCUGUUUAUAAGGUAGGUUUGCAGUAUCUGUCUGGAGAUAUAUCUGGUGGCAAUGCUCGUUGUAUUGCUAUGCUUCAAGCAUUUCAAGAGGCCAUUAAAGACUACAGGGUUCCAACCGAGAAGACUCUGGUGAGAGACUUGACGGCAAAAUUAAGUAGUUAUGUUUCUUUUCUCAUUGAGUGUCGACCACUUUCUAUCAGUAUGGGCAAUGCAAUUAGAUUUCUCAAAAGUAGAAUUGCCAAGCUACCUUUGACGCUGUCUGAGUCAGAGUCAAAAACCUCUCUUCAAUCAGAUGUUGAGCGUUUUAUAAACGAGAAAAUUAUACUUGCCAACAAGGUGAUAGUCAAGCAUGCUAUCACAAAAAUAAGGGACGGUGAUGUUCUUCUUACUUAUGGGUCUUCAUCAGCAGUUGAAAUGAUACUGUUGCAUGCACACGAGUUAGGGAAACAGUUUCGAGUUGUAGUGGUAGACUCUCGUCCAAGACUUAGAGGGAAACUUUUGCUUCGUAGGCUGGUGGAGAAAGGUCUUAGGUGUACAUACACUCAUAUAAAUGCUGUUUCCUACAUAAUGAAUGAAGUUACUCGAGUAUUUCUGGGUGCUUCAUCAGUGUUGUCUAAUGGAACAGUUUAUUCUGGAGUUGGGACUGCGUGUGUUGCAAUGGUUGCCCAUGCAUUCCGUGUCCCUGUUUUAGUGUGUUGUGAGGCGUAUAAAUUUCAUGAAAGGGUGCAGCAUGAUUCCAUUUGCUCAAAUGAACUUGGUAAUCCAGACAUCAUUUCUACAGUUCAGAGUAGAGAGGAUGUCAACCACUUGGAAGCUUGGGCCAAUACUGAAAAUCUGCAGCUUCUAAAUCUGAUCUAUGAUGCAACACCGUCAGAUUACGUAUCCAUGAUAAUUACAGAUUAUGGCAUGGUCCCACCCACAAGUGUACCUGUGAUUGUAAGGGAGUAUAGCAGAGAGCAUGUGUGGAUAUGA